UCGCACACAUUUGAAGGUAUGAAAGUAGGUAGAAUAUUGGAUUCGAACCUGCGCGGGCAGAGCCCACAUGAUUUCUAGUCAUGCCCGAUAACCACUCCGGCAUGUCCACAGAAUUGAAGGCAACUUUUCAUAUUUUAUAUUUUUAGAUAUACAAAUCCCCCCAAAAAAAUCAUCUGAAAAAUUAGCUAUUAUUCUGGGAAAUACAGCCGGAACAUUUUCAGUCUCUGCUUUGGAAUUUUGCAAGGGAAUCGAAUACGGUUUAGAUCGUUCCCCACUUAUGAACACAGCGGGAAUCGUUGAUGUUAGCUAGUUUUUCGUGACUUCAUUCAUUCCGUAGUGAAUUAUUGUUUUGAUAUUUUUUUUCUCGAGAAAACUUCACUUUCCCUGAAAAUCACUCCGCUCUCCUCUCGCUCCGAAAUCCGAAAAGGUUAAAAUCGCGGAUUGAAAAAGCGAAAUUCUUUUUGAAACAACCUGCACGAUCUGCGCGUUCUCGAUGCAAUCAGAAUCGCUAUCGGAAAAGGUUUUGGUGCUCGCGGAGGAAGAGAAAGAGGAGGAGGAAGAAGAAGAGGAAAAACAUAGCCAGAACGUCGGAGUAGAGAUUAUCGGUUACCGAUGAUUCCUCCGAGGCGGAAGAAAUGGACCGAGGCGGAGGAGAAAACCCUAAUCGACAAGUACGGGGAGCUGGUGGAGGACGGUUCGCUGGCUAAGAUGCGGACGCGGGAGAAGAAGUUCAAGCCGAUUGCUUGUCACGUGAAUUCGGUGCAUCACGUUCGCGAUCCCGUGGCGUACCCUUGGCAGUGGAGUUGGAAGGACGUUUCGACGAAGGUGCAGAACAUGCGGCACCAGUAUUUGCUUGUGAAGCAGAAGAUCAAGAGGCCCGAGUUUUCUGGGUCCGGAGGAGGAGGGGAUUGUGAUGAUGUGAGUGAGUUUGACUGGGUGGAGGGGCUUACUCAUUGGUCUAAUUUUCUUAGGUAUAAGGAUGUGUUUGGGGAUGUUGCACUUGUUGUUGGUGGUCAUGGUGGGAAUGAGUUGAUGGGGAUUGAGGAUGGGGAUCACGGGGAUCGUGAUGGGGAUAAUGGGGAUGGUUUUCUUGCUGGUGGUGGGGGGAUGGAUAUGGUUGAGUUUGGGCAGAUGGGUCAUUCCGGGGAUGGGGAUUUCGGGGCUGCUAUGGAUGGGGUGGACAAUGAGGUGAUGGGGUUGGGGUUUGAGUAUGAGGCUGAGGAAGGGGAGGUGAAUUACAAUGGGAGUGGUGGUCGGGAGAGGGAGGAUGCAGCCGAGAAUGGUUUUGUGUUUGAGGAGGAAGGGGAAGUCACAGGGUCAAGUUUGAAGAAGAAGAGGAAGGCAGUGAAGGGGAUGGAGAAGAAGGCGUGGAGGAUUCUUGCUAACCAGCUGGGGCAGUUGAGGGAGAUGGAGGCGCGGUUCGAGCAGCGUGAGCUGGAGAGGGAGCGUGAUAGGCAGAGGAGGGAGAAUUUGCGAGUGGAGCUUGAUAAGCAGUGGGAGAAGAAGCUUGAGGAGAGGGACAAACUUAGGAGGCAGAGGAUGGUGGAGUGGGAAGCUAUGGAGAAGGAAAAUGAAGAGAUGGAAAGGAAGAGGAGAGAGGAAGAGUUGAUUCAUGAGAGGGAAUGGGAGGAGGGAAUGAAUUGCAGGAGGCUGGAAUGGAAGAAGAGGGUUGACGAGAUGCUGAGCCAGCACCGAGCAGAAAUGGGCCAGAUGCAGACUCGUUUUCUUCAUGAGCAGCAAAAUCUUACUAACCAAUUGCUUGGUAUAUUCUCGCAGUGGCCUGCCCAACCCGCUGGCCUAUCUGAUCACACUAGUGCUAGCAACCAUUAUCUUUCACAUAUGAUGCAAAAUUUGCAUCAUGUGAAUGGAAUUGUUCACGGUGACGCUAGGGUUGAGGGAGAUAAUCAAGAAGAUCAAUUCAUUGUUGAUGGAUGAAGUAUCUCUUCCAUUUUGUGUAUCUGCUGGGGAAGUCCAGGAAUAUUUCUGUUACAAGUGGCAAAAAGUGCACAUAAUUGUUGAAUGCAUUCUUAAUUGUACUUUCUUCAAUUAGGUAUUGUUGUAUACUAUUAUAAUAUUUUAGUGUAACUAAUCAAUAUAAAUAAUGUUUUUUUUCCUUGUUUUCGUCCGUACUGAACUUUGAAACUCAGAAACUGAGUGUAAAGGUCACAUUUUUUGUCCAAUACAUGCUUUAAUGCUUCUAUUCAAACCAUCUAUUAUCUGAAGCCUAUAAAAUGUAAAUACAUUCAAGGAGUAA